AUGGAAGGCUCUGAGGCAGAAUUGGAUGGUCAAGGCAAAGCCAUGCUGGGAAGUCGGAGAAGAGAACAGCCAGACAAACAACCAGCUGCGUGGGCUGGAGAAGAUGCUCAGUUGCAGCCAGUUAGCACAGAUGAGGAAGAGUUGCCACCCUAUCCAAUCUCAGAUAGUACAACAGAAGCACCAGCAAUAUCAACAUCUCCAGCUAUUGAAAUUCGGAAGAACAGUGUAACAAUGACUGAAAUCACCUCAAAAAUUGAAAAAAUUCCCUCCACUGCCACCAGCAGUAGUGUGGGCUCCUUAGGAGAGACAGAAGAAGAAAAGGCCAAACGAUUGCUUUAUUGUUCACUAUGCAAAGUUGCUGUCAACUCUGCCUCCCAGCUGGAGGCACACAACAGUGGCACAAAGCACAAAACUAUGCUAGAAGCCCGUAAUGGGAGUGGAACCAUCAAAGCCUUUCCUAGGACAGGUGUCAAAGGAAAAGGACCUAUCAAUAAAGGAAAUACAGGACUUCAGAACAAAACAUUUCACUGUGAAAUUUGUGAUGUGCACGUGAACUCUGAGACACAACUUAAACAGCACAUAAGCAGUAGAAGGCACAAAGACAGAGCUGCUGGGAAACCUCCGAAACCCAAAUACAGUCCCUAUAACAAACUCCAAAAAGGAACACACCCACUUGGGGUCAAACUUGUAUUUUCAAAAGAAGUUGCAAAACCUGUAGCUCCACGGAUACUCCCCAACCCACUGGCAGCUGCAGCAGCAGCUGCUGCUGUGGCUGUAAAUUCCCCUUUCAGUCUUCGAACAGCCCCACCAGCUACUCUUUUUCAGACUUCUGCACUUCCUCCAUCACUUCUUCGACCCGCCCCUGGACCUAUACGGACGACCCACACACCUGUCUUGUUUGCUCCAUAUUGA